CCUAGAACGACUGGAAAAUGUCACUGCUCAUCAAGACUUGCGCGGAUAUCAUCUCUGAGCUCAUCGCUGCUCACGAACAAGGCAAAGAUGUCAAUCUCAACACCGUACGGCAAAGGGUUGCAAAACGCAAUAAGUGUGCUCAACUACCUCGGCUGGUGGAUAUGAUUGCUGCUGUGCCUCCAGAUCUCAAGCCGGUCCUGUUACCAAAAUUGAGAGCAAAACCGAUCCGAACGGCUUCUGGUAUUGCGGUGGUCGCGGUGAUGAGCAAACCACAUCGUUGUCCGCACAUUGCCAUGACUGGGAAUAUCUGUGUCUAUUGUCCAGGAGGACCGGAUUCUGAUUUCGAAUACUCUACCCAGAGUUAUACUGGAUAUGAGCCAACCAGUAUGCGUGCCAUCAGGGCUCGAUAUGAUCCUUAUGAGCAAAGUCGUGGAAGAGUAGAACAACUACGUCAACUUGGACAUUCAGUAGACAAGGUCGAGUUCAUCGUGAUGGGUGGGACAUUCAUGUCAUUACCAGCAAGUUAUCGGGAUAACUUUGUGGCUCAGUUACAUAAUUCACUAUCGGGAUAUACGGGGACAGAUCUCGAUGAAGCCGUGAAAUAUAGCGAAUUGGCUCGCACUAAAUGUAUCGACAUAACUAUUGAGACUCGACCAGAUUAUUGUCUCAAACCGCAUUUGAGCAGCAUGCUCAGAUACGGAUGUACCAGACUCGAGAUCGGAGUUCAAUCAGUGUACGAAGAUGUAGCAAGAGAUACUAAUCGAGGACACACAGUUCGCGCUACGUGCGAGUCUUUUCAAAUGGCCAAAGACGCCGGGUUCAAAGUAGUAUCUCAUAUGAUGCCUGAUCUUCCCAACGUUGGUGUCGAAAGAGAUAUCGAACAAUUCAAGGAAUAUUUUGAAAAUCCGGCCUUUCGCUCCGACGGAUUGAAGAUAUAUCCCUUACUCGUCAUCCGAGGAACCGGGGUCUACGAGCUAUGGAGGACUGGCCGAUAUAAAAAUUAUACCCCUAAUGCGCUUGUAGAUAUCGUGGCACGUAUCUUGGCGCUUGUGCCCCCUUGGACCCGGAUUUAUCGAGUCCAACGUGAUAUUCCAAUGCCACUUGUCUCAUCUGGAGUUGAGAAUGGUAACCUCCGAGAGCUUGCUUUACAACGACUCAAAGAUUUUGGUGCAGUUUGUCGUGAUAUUCGUCAUCGUGAAGUCGGUAUUCAUGAGAUUCAUCAUAAAGUUAGACCAGAUGAAGUUGAACUUGUUCGUCGUGAUUACGUGGCUAAUGGAGGUUGGGAAACUUUCUUGAGUUACGAGGAUUGUGAAAAGGACAUCCUUAUUGGUCUUUUACGAUUAAGGAAAUGUACAGCUGAAGGUACCUUCAGACCUGAAUUGCUAGAAGCUGGACCCACGUCGAUUGUUAGAGAGCUGCAUGUUUACGGUACUGCUGUCCCUAUGCACAGUCGUGAUCCAACAAAGUUUCAACAUCAAGGUUUUGGAACUUUAUUAAUGGAAGAAGCUGAACGGAUCGCCCGAGAAGAACACGGAAGUGUUAAGCUAGCAGUCAUCUCAGGUGUGGGAGUCCGUCAUUGGUAUGCUCGAUUGGGAUACAAACUUGAUGGGCCUUAUGUGAGUAAGAUGUUGUAAAAAGAUGAUCUGGGUACUUUUUUCUUCAAUGAGAGUGAUAUGGGAGUCGUCGAAGGGAAAUUGGCCAGAUGAGGCUUCAUUCGCCUUGGUUGUUGGUAGUAUUCUCGUAAUUGUAGAGUGAUUUGACUUGUAUCAGGAAUCUGACAAACCCUUGUCCAUGG